AAGCCCAAAUAAACAAACCCCAUCGUCCCUGCGAGAGAGGAUAAGGCAAUAAAAUUCCAUCAGCUGAUCUUGUUCGGGUAGCGAGAAACCGCAGGAAAAUACAAUCGAAGCUCGUCUCCAAAAAACCAUCCACAAACAAUCUCCACUUCUGGAGCGACCAGAGAACCCAAGUUAGUUUGAAAGAUGGUGCAAACGCUGGCAAUGCCCGUGGCGCCCUCGCUCUCUCUUAUCUGCAACGGACUCCAAGCUACUUCCCUCUCCAACUUCGUCUCCCUCCCCGUCUCAAACUCUCCCAAGGCUGGUGGGUUGAGCAUCCGAUGCGUUCGUGUUGGUGGUGUGGAAAUCCCCAAUGGGAAGAGGGUUGAGUACUCGCUUCAGUACAUCCAUGGCGUCGGCCGCUCGAUGUCGCGCCAAAUCCUGGCCGACCUGAACAUCGAGAACAAGAUAACCAAGGACUUGUCCGAGGAGGAGCUCACCAACCUCCGUGAUGAAGUCUCCAAGUACACCAUUGAGGGAGAUUUGAGGCGUUUCAAUGCGCUCAACAUAAGGAGGUUGAAGGAGAUUCAGUGCUACAGAGGUGUGAGACAUAUCCAGGGUUUGCCCUGCAGGGGGCAACGCACUAAGAACAACUGCCGGACCUUGAAGGGUAAGCGCGUCGCCAUUCCCGGCAAGAAGAAAGCUCGUUGAUUGUUGCUCUUUUCUGGUUUCUCUGGUUUGUGAGCUGUUUCUGUGCUGUAAUGUUCUGUGAUUACCAUUUUCAAGUGAUUUUUGUCUGUAAACUGCCCAGAAUCUUGAGAUAAGUUUCUCUUCAGGCUUCAUCAUAUUCCAAUUGUAACUUCCCUCUACCAAUGGAAUAUGGAAUGCCGUUGAAAACGUUUUGUUUCCCCAAUUGGAUUACAAAUGGAAGGAAUGUUGUUGGGAAAAUGAUGCCCUAUAACCCCAAUAUGUAACAACACCCUAGCGCUUACGAGGCAGAUCUCGAUGGAAGGACGAAUCACGACGAUAGGUAUACAUCAAUUUGCAUAUGGU